ACACGCAUAAUACUAAGCGCUCCAAGAGACAGAAGACUCCAUGAACGACUUGAACCGGUGCUUCUUGAAGUGUGUUUGUAAAUAAUUUCCCAGGAACAGAGAGAACGCACUUUUUGGAAGGAAAACAUCUAUCGACUUGGUACAGUAAACUUUUUUUGGAAGUUUCUUUCUCUUUGACAUCUUUUUUGCUUCAUGUAGCCUUAUAUUACGGAGCUUUCGAAAUUAACGGACAUUAAAGGUGUACAGUCAACUGAAACACCCAACGUAAUUGCUAUCCACAGCCUCUGGUAGGCUUGUCUAUACAUGCAAAUGUCCACAAAAAUGGAGCAACCGUUUUAUCAUGACGACUCGUUUCUUUCUUAUGGUCACCCAGACGCUGCCCUGCACGACUACAAGCUUCUAAAGCAGAACAUGAGCGUGGGCUUCGCCGAACCCUACCGGAACCUCAAGUCCCUCCGCACCGAAAGCGACUUCUACGCGGCUGCGAACGGAGACGUGGGCUCGCUGAAACUCGCCUCUCCGGAACUGGAGAGACUCAUUAUCCAGAACGGUAACGGUAUCAUCACAUCUCCCACGCCGGGGCAGUAUCUGUACGCCCGGGGCAUCACAGAGGAGCAGGAGGGUUUCGCAGACGGCUUCGUGAAAGCGCUGGACGAGCUCCACCAAAUGAACCAGAUGCCCCCGCCGAACGUGUCCAUCGGAGCCGGCGGCGUGUCGUCCUGCUCGGCGGCUUCCUCCGUCUUUGGCUCCUCCCUGCAGCCGCAGAGCCCGGUGUACACCACCCUAAACAGCUGCAAUCCCAACACUAACCUCACACCUGCAACUAACUACCCGACAGCCACCAUCAGCUAUCUGCCUCACCACCACCACCACCAGCAGUACCAUCACCACCACCAAGCCUCGACGCAUCCUCACCCUUUCCAGCACUCGCUGCCCGACGCUGGGCUGCAUCCACAGCGACUCGUUUCGCUCAAAGAGGAGCCACAGACCGUUCCUGACCUGCAGAGCAGCGACGGCUCUCCUCCAAUGUCUCCCAUCGACAUGGAGGACCAGGAGCGCGUCAAAGCGGAGCGCAAGCGGCUCAGGAACCGGCUGGCGGCCACGAAGUGCCGGCGGCGGAAGCUGGAGCGCAUCUCCCGGCUGGAGGACAAAGUGAAAGUCCUCAAGACGGAUAACGCCGGACUGUCCAGCACCGCUUCCCUGCUGAGGGAGCAAGUGGCCCAGCUCAAGCAGAAGGUCAUGACCCAUGUGAGCAGCGGGUGCCAGCUCAUGCUGACGCCGAAGAUCAAGUCGUUUUAAAAUGACUUGAAAUGACACGGACACUGAUAAAGGGGAAACACUGGAAGAGCAGAUCAUGAUGUUUGUGAUGUUUUUAUUACAAAUGAUAUUACGGCACUGAGUACGAAAAGUUGUAUAUUUCUAAUGUGUUUUCUUGUAGAAAACUAUAGUGCAUUUGGCGUUUAAAUCUGAUAAGGUACUUCCUGCGCAUUUGAAAGCAUAUGUGGACUAUUAUGAACGCGCGGGAAAUACCUUUUAAGUGAACAUUUAGUAACUUUUUGUUUUUGUUUUUAAGUGCUAUCCAAUGAGAACAUUCCAGUAAGUUAUUUGCAUUGUGAGUCAGGUUGAUCCAGACCUUUAAAUGUACUUUCUGUUUGUUUCUUUGUUUGUUUAUAUAUAUAUUUUUUUUAUAUUUAAGUAAAAGUGUUGAAAAGAA